UUGUUGUCUGCUUCUGUCACUUUGACGUGAAAAUUGUGGUUUCGAUUUUUGUGUUCAAUGUGUUAAUGUUUCCAAACUGUGGAUUGUAUAAGAGUCACACACUAUCUUAACGGUUAACAUACUUUUGAAACAUAUUAUAAUUAAGAUCUAUUUAGCAGGUUAGUGACCAGUACUUUUUUAGGCCUACCUAAUGUUAAAAUCAAGGUUUAAACAGCUCUUCAAGAGAACUGGAGGCUCAAGAAUGUAUUCAAAGGAGCCAGUCGAGGGUGAAAAUGAAACAACUGCAAAUGAGAUGCCAAGGAAAAACACACCAUCACGCCCGGAACAAUCACAACAACCUUACACUGUCUUGUCACUGAUCACGAGUGUGUUAUUCCUGAUCAGCUCCGCACUCAUCGUUUUUGCUGCUUUCAGAAACACCCUUACCUGGCAUUUGCAGCGUUUUUGGGGUGCUUCUGGAGAUUUUUGGCAGGCUGGAUGGGAUCGGAUAUUGGACACGGUAGGCGAGAAUCCUGUGACUUUCUGGGUUUAUGGUACACUCAUCUGGACUGUGUCCGUUUACUGGUCCCUGGGCGCCAUCUACACUGUGCUAGAUGUCAUCAACAAACCAGCGGCUUUGCGGAGAUACAAGAUACAGCCGGGAACCAACGAACCCGUGGAGACCAAGAAACUCAUCAAGGUGAUAUGCCAGGUGUUGUUUAACCAGUUGGUGGUGGGGUUACCUGUAGCAUAUCUGAGCUACUACCUGAUGAUGUGGCGAGGUGGUCCCCCUCUCAGAGAGUUACCUACCUUCCAUUGGGUGUUGGCUGAACUGGCUCUGUUCAUUAUCAUUGAAGAGAUCAGCUUUUACUAUUCUCACAGGUUGCUUCACUGGCGCCACCUCUACAAGCACAUACACAAGCGCCACCACGAGUGGACCGCACCAGUGGCUGUCACUGCCAUCUACUGUCACCCGGUGGAGCAUGUGUUUAGCAACCUGCUGCCUCCCUUCUUGGGCGUGUUCAUCGCAGGAGCACACGUAGCCACUGCCAACCUCUGGUUUGCCCUGGCCAUCAUCAACACACUCAACGCCCACUCCGGCUAUCACUGGCCCUUCUUCCCGUCGCCCGAGGCACACGAUUUCCACCAUCUUAAGUUUAAUCAAUGUUUCGGAGUGCUAGGCGUGUUGGAUCGCUUGCACGGGACUGACACAGCAUUCCGUAGCUCCCGGUCAUACGCCCGACACACCACCAUGCUGACACUAGUGCCUGCCAGAGAAGUCUACCCUGACGAACCUAAGUGGAAACAAUAAGUAGUGAACGUUGUGUUACGGUGAACGUAACUCCGCAGUCAGGAAACGUUUGUUCACACAGCUUUCAUUGUUUGCACUUGGGUAUAUUCAAUAGCUAUAAAAUACCAAUGGCAUUAUACUGCUUGGAUGAAAUAGUAUCAUGUAUCAAAGCGUGUAAAAUACUUUAUAUCGUUAGUGCAUUUUCAUAGCUAAAAUUCAAAGAGUGGUUUUAGUAUGUGUUUGAUCUUUUAGUUUUAAAUGUUUUUUUUUUAAAUUCAUUAGACAAAGUUUUAAAAAAAACAAGUGAUUAUUGACAAUGUCUUUAAAAGGACCUAAAUGUUUACGCUUUGACAACUAAAUUUAGCUCAGCACCGAAGAUUAUUAUAAUGCUAAUUAAUUAUUGAAGAUAAUUUUAAUGUUUGUUUUGUAAACAAACAUUGUUAAUCUAUACUUAUAAAUUUAACAAUAAAAUUAGAGUUAUUAUUUCAUUAUUGAAAGGUGAUCGAGCUAUGUGUACACAGUGUUUUUAUCUGUUUGUAUUAUAACUGUGCAAUAUAAUAAUCAUCAUAGUCAUUUGAAUAAAAUUACUGUUUUGUUUGAGUACAAAUCUUGAGCAGUCAUCAAUUACAGGACAGCUCAAAUAUACCACUGACAAUGAAGUUUCGAACUUUUUAGUCUCCUCAAUUGAAUUAGUGUGUUUCAUGUAAAUACUAGUAGACAUUUUAUAUAAUUUGCAUUUAUCAAUGGUUACUGUAUCUCUCUUCAUUAUACAAAUCAUGUACAGAGACUUUUUUUGUAGUUCUCAAAGAAUGCAAGUAAGUAGUUUUAAAUAGGUAUAUCACUAUUAAUUGUUUUCAAUCUUGUUUCGACUAGGGAACACUUAAUCCACAGCAAAGGUUAACCCAAAAAGCUACAAUAUUUAUCUUUGUUACAGUUGUUUUAAUAAUUAUAAGUGAUUUGAAGUUCCUAAAAAUUGUUUUUUUAAAACAGAAAUGCUUAAUUUGCAUUAAUGAAGUCUGAUAUUAAAGUCUUAUUUUUAUUUCUUGUUUCAAAGGCGAAGAAAACAAUGAAUAAAGACUUUAUGGUAGUUAAACUGAUGUGAUUGAUUAACGCACUGCUGUUUGUAGCAAUCAGUGGCUGUGUAUAGGAGUAGAAUUACGAUUAUCAUACCGGUGUGUUUAUAUUUUUGUUAAUAAAUUAUCUAUGUGUUUCUGAUUUCUGUUAUAAAAUUUUGUUGUUUAUCUCAGAGAAGAAAGGAUGAAAGAUACUUUUGUACAAGAUGUUUUAUGAUGCAGUAAAAUCAUGUGGUUAAUUCCAUGUGUUUUAAACAAUUGCGUAGAAGACAUUUUGUUAGAAUAGCAGGCUUACGUGAAUGAGACAGAGUCCACUCCGGCAUAAGAAAGUUUAUACAAAAUUAGAAGAUUUCAUUGUCAUUGUCACUGUAAAAUGAAAUAAUUUAAUUCACUAUUAAACGAUACUAAGUUCAAAAAGAUCUAAUAGCAGAAAUAUCACGAUUUUUCGUUGUACUGUAAAAUUGGGUGGAAUAAGGUAAAGCUAGUCAGGUUUGCCCAUCUAUAUAAAUAAAAUUAGAGUUUUGUCUGUACAUUGCUCAGAAUCAUAAUCUUUUAGGGUAUUUUUACGUUUUAUACAAAGAAACCGAAAGUUUUCCCAAUGUUUAUCAAAUAUUCAUCUAUGAAGUAACGAACAGCUGUUUGAAUCAAGAUUAUUUCUUCUAGCUGUCACUGGUAUGUUUACAUUGAAUGUUGUUUACCAAUACCGCAACCAUUUCCGAUCACGUUUUGAAAGCAAAUCCAAACCAAGUAAAAACGUUUUUAUUUACAUAACGGAUUUAAUUAAUCGCAAGUGCAAUAAUUUGUAGGGUAUCCGUAAAUGAAAAUAGAGAUUCUUUGUGUAUAAAAUUGUUCUUGAGUUUUGAUAACCCAUAAAAAGACCUUGAAUCAGUGUUGUAUAUGGCUGGGAAACUUACAUUUUUUAAAUGAGCGUUUUCAGUCGAGACUCGGCACACGACCAACGCGCAUCUACAUGUCCAUAGUAAAAAUAAAAGUAGGCCUACCGUGUAUUUAUGUUUUAUUCGUCAUGUGUAUAAUAGUGUACAGUUCGUGUAUGUGUUUCAAAAACUCCAAGACGCACCUAAUGGGGAAGCUCAAGCCCUUAUAUUAGGACUGAUUAUGGCGAUUUAAUUUUGCCAAAAUGCAUCUCCUGUAAUAGGAUACAUUAGGAUUUACCGGCGGACACAGGUAAUUUAACCUUUUAUUGAUUGUCAUACCUAUCCGGAACAACAAGAAACAACAUAAAAUGAAGUUAUGAAUAAUAGUUUGGCCAGCAUAUCUGAAAAUAUGCAAACCAACUGCUGUUUUUUUUAUAUGAAGGUUUCAACUGAAUAGUAAAAGAUCCCCGUGCGUAGAACACACAGCUAGUUUUACAAUAAAAACUUACAAUAUUUUAGCUAUUUCUUAUUCAAUCUUUUUGAACUUGGUAUCGUUUGAUAGGGAAUUAAAAAUACUAAAUAAAAGUGUUCUUGACAUUUUUUCAUAACAUCAGCCAUUUGUUUGUUAUUUAAGUUUGAAAAAUUAAAAUUUUGAAAUUUGUUGUUGAAUCAAGAUAAUUUUUUUUUAUAACACAGGUCUUUUCUACCUUAAAAUACAUACCAAGUAUCAUAAAGACCAGUUGAAAAUUUUCAUAAGAUAAAAAUGUUUGUUAAAAAAAUACAAAAUGGCGGAUAUCUGGUCAACUAAGCGAUUUUUGAAACAAUGUCAUUCCUGAUUUUCUCUUUAUUUUGACCCAAGGAAUCACUAGGUAAAAUAUGUAUGUCCCCACCUUUUUUGAACACCCUUUAUAGGUGGUGACUUUUUUUGUGUGGUUUAAAUUGUUUCAAGUUAAAUAUCAAGAAAUAGAAUCAUAAAUAUCAAAACACCCUCUACAAAUACCAGAAAAAACUUACCUUUUUUAUUUUAACCUGAACCAUAAGGAGCCAUAUCUAUUUGUCUAAUUUAAAGGGAGUGUGUUUAAUUUGUGGCCGAAGAGCUGGAGAUUUUGCCAACUCAACGGGUUGAACCAACAAGUGAUUACGUUAUUAACCAAAAUCUGUGAUCUGAUCCUUUCAUCUCUGUGUUUUAUUGACUGUUUGAGAAACAAUUUUAAAUUUCGGAGAGACUAUAUAUUACUAAUCGGUUUCUUUUUGAAAUAAUGAAGCUUUAUUAGACAAUUUAAGACAAUGAGUAAUACUCUUUCACUGUCUUUAAUCCAUGUUAUAUCUUCUUUUAUAACAUUUCUUCGAUAUAACAUUAUUGAAUGUAAUCGUAAUGUCUUGGUGAUAUUUUUUAGGCUUUGGUGGUUGAUGAAAAAAAAUUUUCUGGAUUGUUACAAAUAAAAUGUAUAUUCUUUAAAGGUGUAACUGGUUUGAUGUAUAUUCUAAAUAUUUAACUAACAAUACCUACUAUUUUUUUCUUUGCCAAACAUAAUUCUUGGUUUUACUAUCCUGUAAUCUUUUGAUGUACAGACCUGGCUGUUUUAAAAUAUCACUUUGAUACAGUACAAAGCGUUUUAUCAACAAGCUACGUUGGUUGAUCCUCAAUACAUUUUGUAAAUUAAAACUCACCCUUCCUGAUAGAUCUUCCUAACUCUCUAUAAUAGUUUAUAAUAUGCAUGUAUUGAAUAUUAUGGGCAUUCAAGUAAAAUAAAUAUGUUAAUAAGUAUUAUUCUAUUAAGCAUUUAUUAUAAUUUGCUUUUGUUACUUUAAGCAAAAAACAAACGCAUACCCUCAUGCUAUGUGAUGUUUUCUUUGGAAGAUCAAAUCUUUCCAUUAUAUAGUACCUACUACCUGGUGACUUGUUAUUGUCUAUAUAUAAACGUAUUAAAUAUUAUUCAAUAUAAAAAUGAAUUGGUAUUCAUUAUUUAUUGUGGACAAGUAAAAGAGUUUGUUGUUGUAUUUUUAUAAUCUAACAAAUAUACUUUUAGAAUAUUAAA